GCAAGCUGGCAAGCUGUGGCAGCCUGUACCAAUCCCUGAACAUAUGCCUGGAUCACACUGCACAAAGGAUAUUCAGAGGAAUAUCAGCUGCUCCACUUCCCAUCCACUGACACAGAAGACUCACACCACUACUUUCACACUCCAGGAAUUCCAGCCACUGAUGGCAAACCCGGUUCAACAGUCUGAGCAUGAGAAGUCACAGGGAGAGAAGACGGACGCCAGGACACCUGCAGGACCCACAAACCUGCAGAAGACCAGGGCCUGCCUCCUCAAGGGACUCUCCUACUUUUCUGGAGACAUGCCAGUGUUUGGGAAAUGGAUGGAAAAGCAGUUUUUGCUGCUGCAGCUGCUGGACUGGGUUUUGCGUGGAGCUGCCCAGGUGAUGUUUGUUAACAACCCUCUGAGUGGCCUCAUCAUUUUUGGCGGCCUCAUCCUGCAGAACUACUGGUGGGCCCUCAACGGCUUCGUGGGGACGCUCUUUGCCACCAUUUCUGCCCUCAUACUGCAGCAGAACAGGGGUGCAAUAGCUGCAGGGCUGUACGGGUACAACGGCAUCCUGGUGGGCCUCCUGAUGGCUGUGUUCUCCAACGCAGGAGACUGGUACUGGUGGCUUCUGCUACCCAACAUCUUCAUGUCUAUGAUGUGCCCAAUAGUGUCCAGUGCCCUGGCAUCUAUCAACAGUCGCUGGGACCUGCCAGUGUUCACCUUGCCCUUCAACAUCCUGGUGUGCCUCCACAUGGUGGCCACCGGCCACUACAACCACCACUUCCCACAAGUCCUCAUCCAGCCUCGCUCCGAGCUGCCCAACAUCACCUGGGCUGACAUCGACGUCGCCAAGCUGUUCAGAUCCGUGCCCGUGGGAAUAGGCCAAGUCUACGGCUGUGACAACCCCUGGACAGGAGGAAUCUUCAUCAUUGCACUCUUCAUCUCCUCCCCCAUCACCUGUAUUCAUGCUGUUCUGGGAUCUGCAGUGGGCAUGGUCUCAGGUUUGGCUCUGGCUGCUCCAUUUGAAAGCAUUUACUUUGGCCUGUGGGGAUACAACUGUGUGUUGGCCUGCAUCGCCAUCGGAGGGAUGUUCUACGCUCUUACCUGGCAGGUGCAUCUGCUCGCCAUUACCUGUGCUUUCUUCUGUGCAUACCUCGGCUCAGCUAUCGCCAACGUGAUGUCUACAUUUGGUUUGCCAGCCUGCACGUGGCCUUUCUGCCUCUCCGCUUUGACCUUCCUCCUCAUCACCGCGGAGACCAAAAAGAUCUUCAAGCUGCCGCUGGCCAAGGUGACCUACCCCGAGAAAAACCUGGGCUUCUUCUGGAAGCUCAAGAAACAGGAGAAAAUGGAGAAGCGCGAGAAAGAGAGGAAGGAGAAAGAGGAGCAGCAAAAAGCCAUUGAAGAAAACUUGAGGCUCAACGAGAAAGAACAACUGAGGCUGGAGCUUGAGAGAAUGGAAGAGGGGAAAACAGCGAGUGACGAGUCAAAGGAACAAAAUGAGGACACACACACUGAAGACCCUGGGUCGGAGGUGGGCCAACAAGGGACCGAGGAAGAAGACACGAACAACAACUUAAUCGAAGUCACCGUCACAGAUUCUGUUUAAUGGAAAUACCACAUUUCUGGCCAGGGAGAAUGAUUCUUGCAUGGCUCCUAGAUGUAUGAAGGAUAUAAAGUCUAUCUGUAGCAAUCCUUUCAAAGUUUGAAGUUUGUGUAUUGUUUGUGUUUGUUGAAAUGCCAUGUUUCUACUGCUUGCUGACUCAGGUUUAUGGUAUGACUGGAUGACUCUGUAAAACUAUUUUGUUCUGUAAAACUUUCUUAAUGUAAAUGUGAUGAUAUGUUUGUAUUUUUCUUAUAUAAAAAAAACUCAGUGUUAUAAAAAGAAGGAACACCAUUUAAAAAGUGUAACAUUUUCCUUUUUUAUAUUUUUAAUAAAAGCUGCACAUC